GUUUUUUAGAUGAAACCUGGGCUAAUUCCCAUGAUGGGAAAGAUUUAGCAUGGGUUGAAAAAGACACAGUAACAGGUGGGACUUUGGAAGGUAAGAGACGUCCAUCAGGUAAGGGGGAAAGGCUAAUUAUUCUUGGAGCAGGAGGUGAGACAGGUUGGAUUCCCAACACAACUCACAUUUUCCGUUCUAAAAAGAAUACAGGCGACUACCAUGAUGAAAUGACUGGUGAACAUUUUGAGGAGUGGUUUAGAGAUAAACUGCUCCCUAAUGUGCAACCUAAUUGUCUUAUUGUCAUGGAUAAUGCCUCAUAUCAUUCUCGAUUUGAUGACCCAGUACCAACUAAAAGUUGGACUAAAAAGCGUAUGAUUGAAUGGCUUGAUUCACAUGAUAUAUCUUAUCCUGAAAAAGCCUUGAAAUCAGAGAUUUGGUCCAUCAUACAUAAAAUAGAUGCCUCCCCCAGGUACGUCAUAAAUGGAAUGGCUGCUGCAUCAGGUCAUGAGGUUGUUCGCCUGCCUGUGGCCCACUGUACUCUUAAUCCAAUAGAAUUAGCAUGGGCACAGGUUAAGGGUCACAUAAAGGAGAACAACACUCGGUUUAAUCUCGAUGAGAUUAAACGUCUUGCGUUGGAGGGUUUUGAUGUCGUGACUCCUGAACGUUGGGCAAGUUUGGUAAAACAUGUCCAGGACAAAUUUGAGGAUCACUACUGGCAGGUUGAUGGACUCUAAGAAUACUAUAGUGUUCAUGAGUUUGUCAUUCAUGUCGGUGGUGAAUCCGAUGAUGAUGAUUGUGAUGAUAGUGAUGAGGAACUACCAUCAGACCCUGACUGUGACUUAGAAGACUCCUUGCUUGCUCAUGAUCAAUCCGAUUUUUUAACUUUUUAAGAAUUUUAUUUUUAACCUCAAUUUUUAACCCUAAUUUUAACUUAUGUAA